AGAUCAGAGAGAUUCUUCUAUAGACUAUUCAAAAUUCAGCACAAUCCACAAAAUCAAUUUCAAUAGAAGAACAUUAUCGAAUCAUCCGCCAAACUCAGAGAGAAUUUUCAGAAAUGAAAGGAUCACAAGAAGAAGAUACUCACCAGCCAAACAUCGUUGAUCAAGAACAUCCCAAAUCCCUAGAAACAGAGGACCCACAAAACCAACCACCUUCUUCAUCGUCUCCGGAUCAGGCUCCGGCGGAUCCCAAGAAGUGGGGGACUCACGUGAUGGGAGCUCCGGCGGCUCCCGUAGCUCAUCCCGAUAAUCAGCAGGCGGCGGCGUGGGUCGCCGGAGAUAACCAGCAGAAGCCGUACCAACCGUAUAUCGUCUACACUCCUCUCGAGCAUCCUCCAACUAAUAACCCUCUCGAGCCCGUCAUGGGAAUGUUCCAUAGCUGGAGCCGCAAGGCUGAAACCGUCGCUCGUAACCUCUGGCACAAUCUGAAGACGGGUCCGUCUAUGUCGGAAACGGCGUGGGGAAAGGUUAACCUGACGGCGAAAGCGAUAACGGAGGGAGGAUUCGAAUCCCUUUUCAGGCAGAUUUUCGGAACAGAGCCAAACGAGAAGCUGAAGAAGACUUUCGCAUGUUACCUCUCCACGUCGACAGGCCCCGUCGCUGGAACUCUCUAUCUCUCGAAUGCUCGCAUCGCUUUCUGCAGCGACCGUCCUCUCUUCUUCACCGCUCCUUCUGGCCAAGAAGCUUGGAGCUACUACAGGGUUGUGUUGCCGUUGGCGAAUGUUGAGAUUGUAAAUCCGGUGGUGGUGAAGGAGACUCCUCCGGAGAAGUACAUUCAGGUGACGACGGUGGAUCGACAUGACUUCUGGUUCAUGGGUUUUGUGAAUUACGAGAAGGCUACGCAUCAUCUCUUGACCAGUGUCUCGGAUUCUCAAACCGCACACAGCUCUGUGUCUGGUUAGAGCAGAUUUUGCAUCGUGUUUGUAUCUUUUUAGUUUUGCUUUUUCUGCGUUUGUGGUUGGUGUGUUUUUUCUAUGUAUGUAAAUUUUGUAUGAGUUUUGUAAGUCUUGAGUCUCGAUUUGUGUGUUGAUUAGAGUUGCCUUUCACUUAUGUAUGAUUACUUUUGUAAUAGUUUGCAAUACAUAUGUACUUUGAGUACCCGUUUUAGCUUU